UUCAUUCAUUGGAUAACCUGACUGGUUUGAAUGUUUGAUAUUCAGAGCUUUGCCUAAAACCCUACUCCUGAACCUUCGUUCUCAAGCAGACUACUAUGGACGUUGACGCCAUUGGAGACCAUGCCGAGAAGCUCAAGUCCCUUCGAAUUGACGAAUACGAAGAUGACGACGACGACGAUGACGAAGAAGAAGAAGAAGCUGUCACGCUUGGUUUCGUUGAGAACCCCCAAAAUGAAUGGUCUCUUAAGCGCCAAUUUUUCCCCAGCAAAGCUGGCGGAGUACCGGCUUGGCUUGAUCCUGUGGAUAUACCAUCAGGAAGGUCAUCAAUUUGUGACAUUUGUGGCGAACCUUUACAAUUCCUGCUUCAGGUUUAUGCACCUACUAAGAAGGAAAGUGCAUUUCAUCGGAUGCUGUUUGUUUUCAUGUGCCGUUCCAUGAAAUGUCUUCUCAGGGACCAGCAUGAGCAGUGGAAACGCCAUCCCGAGAAGCCAUCUAGAAGUGUGAAGGUUUUCCGUUGUCAGUUACCUCGCUUUAAUCCUUUUUACUCAAGUGAACCGCCUAAGUAUGAUGGGAAUUACAAACCUUCUGGCAUUGGAGCUACUCUUUGCAAUUGGUGUGGAACAUGGAAAGGAGAUAAACUCUGCAGUAGUUGCAGACAAGUGCGGUACUGCUCUGAGAAACACCAGGUAAUGAGUUGGCGCUCAGGUCAUAAAAUUGUUUGCCAGCAGAUGAAAGUUUCUUCACCUACUGGCGAAUCGAAUAAAACUGGAGCCACUUCAUUGGAGUCUCAUAAAGUUGGAAGCAAGAAUGUGUGGCCUGAAUUUGAAAUCAUCAUUGAACACGAAAGUGAAUAUAACACAGACAUUCCUGAGGAUAACGCCUUAUCUAAUUCCUUGAUCUCGAAGAACAAGAUUGAUGACACAAUGAAUUCACUUAUGGAUAGUUUUCAGGGUGAUGAUGACAAAAAGAGUUGGGUUGACUUCCAAGAACGCAUUGCCAAGGCCCCCGAACAAGUGUUGAGGUACUAUAGGGAUACAAAUGCGAAGCCAAUAUGGCCUGUUUCGAGUGGUCGGCCAUCCAAUGCUGAUAUCCCUAAAUGCAGUUAUUGUGGUGGACCUAGGUGUCAUGAAUUUCAGAUUUUACCACAGCUGCUAUAUUACUUUGGAGUAGACAAUGAAGCGGAUUCUUUGGAUUGGGCUUCAAUUGUGGUGUAUGCAUGUGAAGCUUCUUGCGAAGCAGGUUUGCCUUACAAAAACGAGUAUGCUUUUGUUCAACUUUUUUCACCUUCCCAUAAUACAAUACACUGAAAUUUUGACCUUUCCCCGAGGAAUGAUAGGGGCCAGCAACUUUUGUGAUUUGUAGCUAUCAAUGAUGAUAUAAUGUUGUGAGAUUAGUGUGAGAUUUCAUCCAAUGGUUCACUUUUCUUUGCUGGUUACAUGCUGGCCAGAAUUUAAUAAAGUUGCUGGCCCCCUAGAAUUUUCCAUUACCUUAGUCCUCAACUUUGAGGAUCAUGACUGGUUAUGUGUAAUUUAUAGGUUUUUGUUGAAACUUUUCUCUUUCAUUAGAAGUAGGCUAUUUUUUGUACCUUUGUGUUGUUUUUGGAGUUCCUACUAUGUAUAAUGUAUUUUUCUUUUUUUUU